GUUGAGGUUAAGUGUUGUGGGCCAGGUUUUGGAAUUUGAAAUUGCAAAUAUUUUUGUAAAUUACGAUUGUGAGUGUAAAUAAAGUGCAAAUAUGAUUUUAAAACGAAUUGGUGGUUUGAUAGAGCCACUUAAAGUGAUCUGUGUUCAAAAUGUACAGUGCGUUGGUGCGUUUUCGUACGGUUUUGAGGCCUCUCGUAGUAUCUCCACCACUGGAAUCAACUUGUUGGAGAUUGGGGCGGAAUCCGAGGGACACGACAAAAAGAAUAUCAGUAAAGCUAUGAAGGCAUACCUAGAACGUGCCCGAGAACAUGAUGAGUUUAUGAAGAAACAAAGAGAAGAGUAUCAAAUUGGCAAGAGACAUCUGGCAAAUAUGAUGGGAGAAGACCCAGAGACUUUUACCCAGGGGGACGUCGAUAAUGCGAUAGAAUAUCUGUUUCCGUCCGGGCUGUUUGAAAAAAAAGCAAGGCCGUUUAUGAAGCCUCCAGAAGAAGUUUUUCCACAGAGGAAAGCAGCGGAGUUCGAUGAAACUGGUAGGCCCCAUCAUUUCCUUUUCUAUACAGGCAGACCAAAUUUUUAUCAAGUUUUACAUGAUACUGUUCAGCAUAUAAACGAUUUGUAUAAAUUUGAGGACGUAAUGAUUAGUAAAAAUCUCAGGCCUGAUAAGAACUUGGAAUUGGAUUUGUCUGGAUAUCAGUGGAUAAGCAAAACGGAUUUAGAAGCUAAACUGGUCGAACGGAUCGGCGACAAAGACUACGACAGUUUAAUAAACGCCUUGGAAAGGUUAUGUAAUCUGCCGUAUUCUUACAAAGCAAAGGACUUUAUUCUUCAGUUCAAGAAACCUCUCAUGAACCAGAUACAAAACUUUGACGUUCCCAAACCAAAGUACGAUUCUGAGGGAAGGGCAUACAUUACAACUUAUGAAUGCAGGAGAAAGGCGGCAAAGGGCGAUGUUACAGUUAGAACACCUGGUACAGGAAAAAUCACGAUAAACGGGCAGGGUAUCACUUAUUUUCAAGACGUGCAGUCUAGGGAGCAGCUGCUCUUCCCUUUGAUAUUCACAAACAUGCAGAAUAAAGUCGACAUAGAAUGUAACGUAGCGGAUGGUGGCUAUUCAGGACAAGCUGGAGCCAUAAGAUGGGGUAUAGCGUGGGGAUUGAGGAGUUUUGUCGAUCAGGAGACCAUUGAAAAGAUGAGAUUAGCUGGUCUUCUGACGAAGGACGUCCGUACCAGAGAAAGGAAGAAGCCCGGGCAACAAGGUGCUCGACGUAAGUUCACUUGGAAGAAACGUUAAAUAUUUUUGUACGUGUGCAGUUCAAUAAAAAAUGAAUCAA